CAUGACACUAGUGUGUCGACCCUCGUUACAUCUCCUAACAGUAACUUGCUUGCCACUGGAUGUGAAGAUGGGACCACUAUCCUCUGGGAUAAUCGGGAGAACCGCAUCGUGCGCCAAUGGGCGGUCGGUGCUCCCAUCGCAUUCCUCGAAUUCUCCUCUGACAGCAAGCGGAUCGCGAGCCCCCGAAUCAGUGCCGUCGAUCACGAAGUCGCCAUACGGAGCGUCGCGGAGUGCAGCCUGCUUGCUCUGCUGUCUGGCCACAUAAUGCCGGUCACCACCUGUGCAUGGUUCCCGGAUGACAUCAAGAUCGCAUCCGUCUCCGCAGAGACUAUUGCGUCUGGGACGCAGGCACCUACGAGCAGGUGUAUCUGA